UUUUCCAGGGUCUUUGGAUGAACUGUGCCGGCAACGCACUGGGUGCUUUUCACUGCAGACCUCACCUUACUAUCUUCAAAGUAGAAGGUUACAUCCAAGCCUGCAGAGGGCUGAUGAUCUCCGCCGUCUGCCUGGGCUUCUUCGGUGCCGUUUUUGGACUGGUUGGGAUGAAGUGUACAAAAGUCGGAGGCUCCGAUCAGACUAAAGCAAAAAUAGCUUGUUUAGCUGGACUGAUUUUCAUACUCUCUGGGCUGUGCUCUAUGACUAGUUGUUCCCUGUAUGCAAACAGGAUUACGUCUGAGUUCUUUGAUCCUUCUUUUGUUGCACAAAAGUAUGAAUUAGGAGCAGCUUUGUUCAUUGGAUGGGCUGGAGCUUCGCUCUGCAUAAUUGGUGGCAGUAUAUUCUGCUUCUCAAUAGCUGAAAACAGCAAUUCUCCAAGGAGGGCGUAUGCAUAUAAUGGAGCCACAUCUGUGAUGUCUUCUCGUACAAAGGUCCACAACAGUGUCCCAGACAAAACCCCACCAAAGCACUUUGACAAGAACGCUUAUGUUUAAUUGUACUGGUGGAAGAUUCAAAGCGUUCUAAAAAUGAGUUUGUAUGUUUCAUGCAGAGUGAUUUACCCCCAACCCCAAUGUAAUUACCACUAAGACAAUGAAUUUUUAAAACAUUAACUUGCAGCUUUUUACAUAUUGAUGUAAAUUUUAUUAUAUAAUAUUUUAAGAUUCAUGUUGGUAUUGUAAAGUUUAUACCUGGAAAUCAUGAGCUGAUGUUGCUUUCUUGAAAAAAAUAAAUGGGGUAUUUAC